AUGGAUAACGAUUAUGAGAAUUCGACAUGGACUGAUAAUGUGGAAUUGUGUUACGGAAAGCGCAAUUCGAAACGAACCCAGAUGAGAUCUGAUGAACGAUUGUAUGGGAUUUUUUCCAGUGAUAAUAGUGAUGAUGAUACUUCUGAUUAUGAGGACUUAUUACAACCUUCAAAGAAAUAUAGGAAACAGAGUGAGGAAAACAGGGCUAACUAUUCAAAGCCUGUUAUUUUCACUUCUGGUUGUAAGUUAAUCCCCAAUCAACUUACCGAUCUAAAUUCUAAGGGUGGUAGCUACGUAAAGGAUGAAGAAGUCUUCUUCUCAACUCCACUAUGGAAAGAAGUCAAGGAAGGAGUUAAGAGGCGCUGUGAGAUACAACAACAAAAAGCGACCAAGAAGAAUUGGAAGGAGGAAUUUCCAAGUUCCGGUCAAGAUGAUGAGGAUUUGGGUUUGUUUGAAAUGCACACUAGACAAAUUGGCCUGAAACUGUUACGGAAGAAUGGUUAUGUAGAAGGGGGAUUAGGUAAGAAUGGGCAGGGGAUUAAGGCUCCCAUUGAGGUUAUGUUGCGGCCUAGGAAUGUGGGAAUAGGUUUUAAUGCCCGCGAAGAGACCACCAAGCCGGAAUUGAAGUCGAAAGAAGAAGAGGCAGUUUCAUCAUCAGGGUCUGUUUUGGUUAAGGAUGGUAACUACAUAAAGGAUGAAGAAGACUUCUUCUCAAGUGCACUUUGGAAAGAAAUCGAGGAAGGAGUUCAGAGACGCCGUGAGAGACAACAGAAAGAAGCGACCAAGAAGAAUUGGAAGGAGGAGAUAUGUCAUAGUUCAGGUCAUCAUGAUGGUUUGGGCUUGUUCGAAAGGCACACUAGGCAAAUUGGCACGAAAUUGUUACGGAAGAAUGGUUACAUUGAAGGAGGAUUGGGUAAGAAUGGGCAGGGGAUUGUAGCUCCCAUUGAGGUUAAGUUGCGGCCUAGGAAUGAGGGACUAGGUUUUAACGCCUAAGAAGAGACCACCAAGCCGGCAUUGAAGCCGAAAGAAGAAGAGGUUGUUUGCAAUACAGCUUAAGAAUUCGUGCAAAAAGACUAAAAGCGCAGAACCUUGAAGAGUGUCAGAG